UUGUUAAUACACACAGCAACAGAAGUCAAAACAGUUUACGAAAUAAGCUAAUAAUUCUUUUGUAAGUUAUGAAGAGAAAUUGGGAGGAUGAUCGAGAGGUUGAGAACUUAGCUAUGGCCAACUGCCUUAUGCUCCUCAAUCGUGUCGGUGAAUCGGGUGGCCGUUCCGGAAGAGUUUUCCACUGCAAGACAUGCAACAAGCAGUUCUCGUCGUUCCAAGCGCUAGGCGGCCAUCGUACAAGCCACAAGAAGGUUAAACCGGUUGAUGAAUCGCCGCCAAAGGCUAAGACACAUGAAUGCUCCAUCUGUGGAUUGGAGUUUGAGCUUGGGCAGGCGUUGGGCGGUCACAUGAGGCGGCACCGUGACAGUCAGCCGGAGAAGAGUGUUCCGACGAAAGCGACCGUUGAGGAGGUUGAUGGUAGAGGGUUGUGUUUGGAUUUGGAUUUGAAUUUGACACCCUUUCAGAAUGGACUGAAAAUUUGGAGUCGUAGUACUGGAACGAGUAGAAUUGCUAUUUAGAAUUCUGUCUAAUUUUUUGUAACUUCACUCUUGUAUAUCUUUUUUAUCUUUUUUGUGGAAAUGGUAAAUACAUAGAGAAAAUAUUUAGGAGCUUUUUAAA